AUCUUUGAUGAUGCAUACAAGUCCCAACUCAGCUGUGUCGUUGUGGACGACAUUGAGAGGCUUCUAGAUUAUGUCCCAAUUGGACCACGGUUCUCUAAUCUGGUGUUGCAAGCCCUUCUUGUACUGCUAAAGAAGGCCCCCCCUCAGGGUCGCAAGCUUCUAAUCAUUGGAACCACCAGUCGCAAAGAUGUCCUGCAGGAAAUGGAAAUGCUGAAUGCUUUCAGCACUACAAUUCAUGUGCCCAACAUUGCAACAGGGGAGCAGCUGAUGGAGGCUUUGGAGCUCCUGGGUAGCUUCAAAGACAAGGAACGUAGCACUAUUGCACAGAAUGUCAAAGGGAAGCCUGUCUGGAUUGGUAUCAAGAAGCUGCUGAUGCUGAUAGAAAUGUCAUUACAGAUGGAUCCUGAGUAUCGGGUGAAAAAAUUCUUGGCUCUUCUGAGAGAAGAAGGAACGUAUCACAGGGAAUAGUUGAGCCCAGUCUUGACAGUGGCAUCUCCUAGAAAAUGACUUUCUAAUACAUGUAGGGCAGUACCUGUGCUGGGGAAACUCACAACAGUAUCCAUCCUGGCUACAUGUGAGUGGGUUCCAGUGUGUGCUUGAUGCUUUUGUACAUGUGCAUGCUUUCUUGAUGGAUUUGGCUUCUUUUGCAAGAGUUCCUUCCCUAGACUGAAGGUGGACCAAGUGCAAGAUCAACAGCUGGAAAAGUGACCAACCUGGAGAAUAUACACUGGGAUCUUUACUCUUCCGUGUUCAACACGCUGGACAAAGCAAAAUGCUCCCCUGUUUCCAAGAACCCGAUGUGGAAUCUGCAUGUUUAGUGCAAUACAG